CAAGUACAUAUAUUUAUUUUGUUUAGAAACCGGGUCACGAGUUAGCAGUAAACCCUGAUUAUGGAAUGAAACUCAAUAGAUUAUUUCCCCACCAAAUUGUGCAUAGAAAACUAAGAGAGCCCAGCCCAGUGAGAGCAAUUUUCAACAUUAGCAAACCAAUCAAAUGAACUGAAUUACGAGAAAAUCAAGUCCGAAUUGAUAUCGUUGCGAUAAACAUGUCGAACGAAUAUCAACAACACGAAAUCGCAACAAAAAUUUGAACAGACAAAAGACAAUCAUCGGUUGAUGGCGCACUGAGCUGCCGCACAAAUGUCACGUAAUUGAAUGCACAUUAUGGCGUGAACCCGUCAAAGUCGUCAAAGCAUAUUUAAACAAAUCAAGUUGACCAAUUGGCCACAGUCAGCUAACGGUGCUCUUGCCUUGAGAACACAUAAACAUAACUUAAAGAGGGACAGACACACGCCGACGGUGUAUUAGCAAGUUCCGCAAACCCAGGCAGCAGCAACAACAACAGUUUGCGUCAAAAUGAAUCGUUUUCAACACCUGCUUUACAUCUGCGCUAUCGCAAUGAUUGCGUGCAGCACAACAGCCCAUGCUUCGUACGGCUCGCAGGGAUCGUCAGGUGGCUAUGGUAGCGGUGGCGCUGGUGCUGGCGCUGGUGCUAUUGGUGGUGAUGCGCUCAGUGGCAUCAUCCAGGGCAUCGGUUCCGGCUCGAUUCAAGGCGAUGGCAAUGGUGUACCCAACCCUUGCGGUAAAAUCUUGCCUGCUCAAAGCAUCCCCUACUCGUUGGGUCAACGUGCCAACACAGUGAGCUCUUCCAUCACUUAUCCACAAAACAAAGGUGAAAUUCUUAUCCAUCGUCCGGCUGCUAUCAUUGUUAAGCGUCCACCUACCAAAGUGUUGGUGAACCAUCCUCCACUAGUUGUGAAACCCGCACCAGUUGUCUUGCACAAACCCCCAGCAGUUGUAUUGCGCAAGGUCUAUGUUAAGCAUCAUCCACGUCCAGUUAAAGUAGAACCCGUGUACGUUAAUGUUGUCAAGCCACCAGCAGAGAAGUACUUUGUUAACGAGAAGCAACAACAGGCCUAUAGCAGCGCUUAUGGCAAUAGCGGUUAUGGUGCUGGUGCUGGAGCUGGUGGUAAUGCUGGCAGUGCAGCAAGUGCUGGCAACGCCGAAGCUGCUGGGUACCAGCUAUUACAAGGUAGCCAAGGAUUAGCUGCUUUAGCCAAUAUCGCCAAUGGUGGGCAAGAUGCUUAUCAUGGUGGUAAUGCCGGUCAGGGUGGUUAUGCCGCGCCAACAGCACAACCUGGUUAUAAUGCUGGCAGCUCGUCACAAGGCAGCUACGCUCCAGCAGCGCCACAAUACUAAAGACUACUAUUUGAUAUAUAGUUUUUUUUUUUUAGGAAUUAAGUCCCCGAAAAUAUGUUCUGUUUACGGAUAGAAAAUGGUUAUUUCAUAACCUAAAAAAUUUUUAUACUGCACCAAAGUGUGCCAAAAUAAAAUGUUUUUUU